AAGUUAGUCGAGGCAAGUGAGCAGCAGCACUUUGGUUGCAAGCUGUAUCCAUUUUUUUCUAAAAUCAGUUGGUACCUGUCAUGAAGUGCUCUCCUGAAGGCCAUCUUGAAAGAUUGAACUAGAGGAGUUUGAAAGUGCUUCUAUCUUAUCUACGGUGGCAUGGCAUUCUUGUAUCUGUACCUUCGAGGCGGCUCUUCAAGCGUAUAAGUCAUCACUUUUGCAGGCUGAACAUAACCUUUGUUCUGAAGAAGAUAGAUGCUGCAGCAAUCACAUUGGUGCGACUCUUCGAGAAGUACAUAAAAGGGAGGGAGAAGAUGCUCAAAUGGUAUAUGCGAAUCUUCAGAAACUGUUCGAGAAAUACGUCGGGCCGUGCACUUUGGAACUGGUAUCCCCUUUAUCCUGAAAGAUGCUUCUUACUGUUUCAGUCAGUUCUUCGCCAGAAUGUCACCUACUUUAGCCAUUUCCAACAACAUGAUACUUUUAGUAACUUCGAAAUGAUUUGGAAUGAUGAGUCUCUUUAGACAGAUGGCCGAGAUGUUUGGAGAAUACAACUUUCUUCUGUUGUCUGCAUCAACAGAAUGACAACACACAAUUUAGUUGCCACUUGCAAGAGUGCGCAAACAUAAAUAUCUUGUGGGCGUCACUACUAAUUGAAGAAUGCACUCGACUUGGUCUGACGCUCCAGGCUCACGGUCAUCUCCUCUUGCUAUUGCUGCUUCUACUCAUCCUGCAACAAGUUGUAUUGCAUGCAUUGAUGAGCGCUCACUUGCAUUUCAUGCUGUUGGUUAUGCCAGAAGUUCUCAUAAACCAGCAGUAAUCAUCACGUCAUCAGGCACAGCAGUUUCAAAUCUUCAUCCUGCUACCGUUGAUGAUUGGGAGCUUCUUCCCUUACUCAUUUGGAGUAUACAUUCCAGUGGCACACUAUGGAGAACUUUAAGGAACAAUGAUCAUAGAGUUUCCAAUUUUGCACACCAGCUGGUAUCAAGAUGUGUCUGCUGCUAUAGAUAUGCUACCGACUCAGUGAAUGACAUCUGCUGCGCAUGUUAUUUUGCUAAAACUAUUUGGAGGAGCAUAUCCAUGUUGAACACCAUGAUGGACGCCACAAAUUUGGGUGAUUUCUAUAAUUGGCUGCGUGAAUUCAAAACGGACGCUCAUAUUUGCGUGAUCCAAACUACAACAAAGGGCUUGCUUCUAGGGAGAAAGAAAGGGAUUCCCACUAUUUGCGUGGUCUUCUUCCUCCUAUUGUUGUUGAUCAGGAGCUUCAGCCAGCUCUAA